CAACUGAAUUUUCAUUUUCUAACCUCAAAUCUAAAUCUUCAUCCUCAAUGUAAUUUGUAAUGUACUGUUGUUAGGAAUUUGAAAGUUUGAAAUACUUUUUAUUCAUCCUUAAUAACUCAAUGUAAUUAAUAUUACUUUUGUGAUUUGUAGUUGAAUUAUGAGUUGAAUAGUUGAUGAGCAAUUUAUUAUAAUCAUAGUGUCUUUUAUUUCAACUUACAAUACAUUGAACACAUUUUUCUAAUACAAUUAUUUUGAAUAUCAAUCAUCAAGAAUCAUGGCGGAGACAAGCCUGACCACUUACCACAGAAAUGAAAUAUCUAUCAGAGAUUCCAAUGGUGCAGAAAAUUCAAACUCUUAUUCAGAUGCAGAUCGCCUGGCUUUUCUCAAUAAUGUUGUCAAUCUACUGAGAACAAGAAAUGCUUCAAUGUCUGCCAAACUCAGGCACAAUCUCAACCUAUCAAAAUCUAUUGCUGAUGCAACAGCGAUAGAGAGAGACAAUAAAUUCGCAGUAAUGGAAUACAUUUUCACCUUUCUUUUGCGUACUCUCCAUGAGUCCGUUUUUCAAUUCUCUGUCAACUCGUCACUGAUGAGAGAUAUCUAUUGGCAAACUGUUCAACAUCAGCAAACUGUUCAACCAUAUCAAACACUUGACUCAUCCAUUGAUGUCAAACGUUCAGAGAGUAAUAAAAAAAUCAUCGAAAUGAUGUAUGAAGUGGAGAAUUCAGCGGCCGAAUACAACGAGAUAGAAAAAGAAUGUGACUCAACAUUGCAGCAGCUUCUAUAUGUCAGAUCGAUGUACGAAGAAGCCAAUGACAGAUUUGAAGCAUACAGAGAGAGAAGUCGUCUGAACCAGUUGUCGCAACCUAGACAUCAGAAGGAACGCGAUGCGGUGAGAAAGAAGAAAAUGAAAAUGAUUUCUUCGAUAAAUAAUAUAAAUCGCUUGUGCUCCAACUUUCUUGCUGCUGCUCCCGGAUUUGAUCUAGAAGACACAAAACAUUUUGAAAUUGUUCUUGAAUCUAGGAAUAUUCUAACUGAGCGUAGCCUGAGAGCAGAGGCCAAAGUUACAUACACUAAUGUUUCACAGCAUAGUAGGAUUUCUAGUUAGAGUACCGGUAAUGAUCCAUUCUAUUAUUUCUAUUCAUUAUAUUCAUGUUCUCUUCCUUCUACCAUUUUAUUACUUACUACUAGGAAACUUGUUUAUAGCUAUUAAAGCAGUUCAAUAAACAUUAUAAUUAACACACAUUUAGUAACAUUCUCAAAAAUUCAAUUAACAACUGAAUGAAAACAAUGUAUUUAUUAUGCAUUCUAUAAACUUCAUUCGGUAUACAGAUGGAACAAUUGACAAUAUGUCUUGUAUUUUACACAAAAUUAAGGAUAGUCAGUCAAUUAUACUAUUUCAAAAAAUAAAUCAACGGAAAUAUUUUCAAAGUUACUCAAUUUCGUAAAGCUAUUGAUAAAUUCAAGGAAUAUUCGAUACUAUAUUGAAAAGAAUGUUUAAUUUGCCUUAAAUACUGUUUGGUUUCAGUUGAAAUAAAGUUGCAUUAUUAAAACUUAUUUCUUAUUCAAAUUGUUGAAAUGAUGAAUAAGUUUAUAAGCCUACCUACAUUUGAUUCUAUAAUAAUUUACCUAAUAGAAAUGAGAUAAUAUAAGUAUGGAGUUGAGCCCAAAUUGGAGUAAAACUAUAACUUAAAAACAACUAUAAUUCUAUAAAAUUGGUUAAAAAAUGUAACAUUAUUUGGAAUGUUCAUUAUUGGUGGCAAUUGAAAAAUGUUUACUAGGUACGUAUUAAAAAUAGAAAAAAAAAUGGAAUGUAUAAAUCACAAACGAACUGUAAGAAAUUGGUCCCAAUAGUGAGUGUUCUAUGAACCCAAUAGACGUUCUUUGAAUAGAUUUGAUGAGUUAGACGACCUCCUGAAACAAAAUAAUAAUAAGAUUUUCCAAUUAUUUUCAUAUCUUCGUUAAUAUAUGUUUCAAUGCAUCAGUAAUAAUCAGAAAAUUGGAAAAUUUGAACUUUGAAGCAUAUAGACAACCUGAGUUAGACCUCCUGAAACAAAAUAAUAAUUAGUUUCCAAUUAUUUUCAUAUCUCCGUUAAUAUAUGUUUCAAUACAUUAGUAAUAAUCAGAAAAUUUGAACUUUGAAGCACCAAAGACAACAUUUCUAGAAUCCGCGAAUUAGUUGAAGUCUUUAGCUUCCCCUAUAUGCGGCUGACACCUUUUGUGGUGGGGUGAAUCUAAUUCUUGCCUCCAAGAAUCAAUCCUAUUACAUGUUAAUUUACAUUCAGUUAGUAUAUAACUGUAUAUUUUGGCUAGAAUAAACCACUACUUAUUUUUUCAAGUUAUGAUAAAUGUUCGUAAACGAAAACUCUUCAAACAAGAAGAUUGUUUUGGCUUACAUGAUUAGAAUAAUGCUGACAUAAGCAUUUACGAUAUCUACGUUAAAAUAACUAUAAUAUAUUGUAUUUUGUGAAUCAUAUCGUCAGCUUACAAGCAGAAGGCACUAAGUCAAAAAUGAUAGUUGAUAGAUUUGAUAACAUUCAACUCACCUUUUAGAAGCCCUCUUGUUUGCAUUUGCACUAAUAUUGUAUUAUGGAGGUUACAGGAGCAUUCAGUUUUUUUCUUCCCUGUAGAUCAAUCAACUCUAUUAUUGCAAGGCACCCCACCAAUUCUCCUCCAACUUGUGAAAUGAGUUUGCAACUUGCUUCCAUAGUUCCUACAAACAUGAUAUCACCAGCUAAAUCGUACACUUACUUUCUAAUAAAGUAAAGAUAUAUUAUUUUUUCUAUCCUCUUAUACGGUUAUACCAAUCAUUUUUCUGCUAAAUAUGUGGUUUCAAUUCUGUAAAUAUAGUUUUCAAGACGUGUUUCUAAUUGUAAUGUUUGUGGGUUUGUCACAAAUUAUAGUUUUAUAUUUAUCUACAUUUAAAUUUUCAUAUUCUUAACUAAGCUAUAUCCACUAUCGUUUAGUAUUUUCAUGACUUUUUAAAUAAACACAGUAAAUAUCUCAUGCGGUGGAAAAUUGCUUGAUGGUGACUCGUAACCCAUGCAAAGCUGGGUCUUCUCAUCAUCACUAUAACAAAGAAAAGAUGUGUAACAUGUAAAAUAAUGUUUGUUCAGUAUUCUAUUUCCAAUUUUUUAUUAAUUUUCGAAAAAAUGGAAAUUUUAUUAAAAUAUUUUCAAAUCAUGUGCACAAUACAGAAAGGCGUGAGACUAGGUAUAAUGCAACCACAUCAAUUUGUCAAAAUGAAAAUAUGUGCAAAUAUAUAGUAUUAGGAUAAAAUUUUGAAUAAAAUUAUAAGAAAGUAUCAAAA